UGUUGUGCAGCUGCAGCAUCAUCGCCGUCCUCUUCCUCAUCCUCACCUGUUCAGCCGUCAGGCAGCUUCAUCACCCAGCCGGCACACCUUGAAAGAAGAUGAUGGUCUCUGCAAAGGGUUUGAUGUCCAACCAGUCGGACACCACAGAGUCAUAUUUUGACAUUAACAACACUUAUGAGUACUCGGGUGAUUUUCCUGAACCUUGUUCUUAUAACAACAACCAGAGUUUGGAGAAGGUGAUCGGCCCGUACGUCCACUCGAUCAUCUGCAUCCUGGGCUUUGUGGGGAACAGCCUGGUGAUUGUCACCUACGCCUUCUACAAGAGGACCAAGUCCAUGACCGACGUUUACCUGUUCAACGUGGCCAUCGCUGACUUGCUCUUCGUGAUGGCGCUGCCACUCAUCGUCUACAACGAGCUGUGGUCAUGGCCGAUGGGGGCGGUGGCCUGCAAGCUGCUGCGCGGCACCUACAGCGUGAACCUGUACAGCGGCAUGCUGCUGCUCGCCUGCAUCAGCACUGACCGCUACAUCGCCAUCGUCCAGGCUCGCCGCAGUUUCAGACUGCGCUCGCUGUCAUAUAGCCGCAUUAUCUGUGCCAUUGUCUGGAUCUUCGCUAUAUUGGUGUCCAUUCCCACCUUCUACUUCUACAACUGGUACGAGCCAUCACACACCAAGGACUACGUAAUGAUCAGCAAUGAUAAUGAAACACAUAUUGCCUACACUCCUGAGUAUGUCUGCGAGUUGAAGUUUCAUGAGGUAGAUCUAGCCUCGACGAUGAAGGUGCUCGUCCCCAGCAUCCAGCUGGGCGUGGGCUUCUUCCUGCCACUCUUCAUCAUGAUCUUCUGCUACACUGCAAUCAUUGUCACCCUGCUGAAGGCGAAAAACUUCCAGCGCCACAAAGCGGUUCGGGUGGUGCUGGUGGUUGUGGCCGUUUUCAUCAUCUGCCACCUGCCCUACAACACAGUGCUGCUGUACGACACCGUCAGCAUGUUUCAUACGAGCUCGUGUGAAGCGGCAGACACACUGGAGAUGUCCCUGACGGUGUCCAAGACCAUUGCUUACAUGCACUGCUGCCUGAACCCAGUGCUUUACGCCUUCGUGGGGGUGAAGUUCAGGAACCACUUUAGGAGGAUCUUCCAGGACCUGUGGUGUCUCGGAAAGAAGUACAUAGCCCCACGCCGCUUCUCCAGGGUCACCUCCGAGUUCUACAUGUCCUCUGUUCGGCGCUCGGUGGACGGAUCCAGCGACAAUGGCUCUUCUUUCACCAUGUGAGGACAUGUGGCAGGUUGAUCUCUGAAGCUUCAGGUCUCUAACACCAAACCUGACUCAGGUCUAUUGCAGUGACGUGGUUCUUAAUCCAGAGAGCCUUGAGAUAUUUCUGCUGGUUUAGAAGAUAAAAUAGACCUAAACACAUGCUGCAGCUCUUGUUUUACCUCAAUGUUUUAAUUGUGAAAUACUUCAGUGUCCUGCAUUUUCCUCUUUCUUUCGUGGUUAUUCCAUGAGUGAUGAAUGAAAAUGUGUUUCCUGUUUCUCGUAGUCUCCUGUUGUCUUUACUGCACAAAUGAAGCCCAGAGAAAAUCAUCUGCAGCUGCAGCAGAUGAUCAGCUCAAGAAAAAAAAAGACCUUUAAGAGUUUCUCUGACUGAUGUGUUCCUGACAUAUUUUGUGAUGGAGACUCAGAAACAUUCCUGACAGGCCAAGUGUUUCCUGUAUUCAAAGCAGGGAAAUAGUCAUGUGACCCACAUAGUUAUAUGUGACAAAUGAAUACAAACCAAUAAUCAGCUGCCUCUCCGGCGAUUCCGACCUCCCAGACAUGACCUACGUCUCCUCUGCGUUUCUCUGCAGCAGGUAGUUUGGAUCUGCUCGUGAACCAGUUCUCCACCUGCUGCACCUUCUCUUUAGUGUUACCCGAGCGAAUGAACAAGUCACGUGAACUUUCAAAUUAAGAGCAAGGGGAUUAGCCAAUCCCUCAAAAUAUACCAGCAGAGGAGGCUCACCCUAUCCUAACACCUCGUAGUUCAGCUUGGUCUCCAAAAUGUAGUCAGAGUGGAAACCAACAGGAUCCCUGGUUGUUUCAUGAAAACCUUUAAUGAGCAGUUUCAAAAAGAAUUGUUUCCAUCCGCUGCUUAUCGAUGCAGAUUCAUAAAUGAUGGAGGUCUUGGCCGACUGGCUGUGACCCAAGGCCUGAAGGCCAAAGUGUUGGCCAUUAACCCUGCAGGCCUGAGCUCUAUACAUACAACAGGCGACUCGCCAGGGUUUGGUUGUAUUUUAGCCAGAUGCUCGAUGUUACAGUGUUUCUGUUAUGUGGGUGUGCCAAAUAGUCAAAAAAUAUCCAUAAACAGGGAUGGAUGCCUAAGCCUAACCCCAACACCUAACCUAAAGACAAACAGCAGGUGGGUGGUGCACUGGACUCCAGUCACACACCGCUAUCAUACAUAGGAGGCAUGUUUUAAAAUGAAGGAAUCCUUUGGACUGAAGAAUGUAAUUUUUUGUCAUUUUAUUCUGUAAACAGCAGUUAGGUUGUGUCUGCAGUGAUCCACACGUGUGCCGAGGCUGCAGCUUUGCUCUCUUUAAUCCUAAUCUGCUCACUGGUGAUUCCCAGGAUUAAGAGCUGGACCUUUGGAGAAGUUUCCACGUCCUCAUUUAAGACCUGAAGAAGUUCAGUCGGUCAGAUUUAAUUUACAUGUUGAACUACGUGUGCCCUCAUCUUAAGGCUUAAGCAUCCAAAAGUCUUUCAUUUUCUUCAUAGCCAGCUUCAUUCCUCUCCUUCCUCUCCUUCUUUUUUUCACUUCCUCUUCACAUAUGAGUUUAUUUUUAUAAUGCUGAGUUAU